GCUCUGCUUUAGGAAGCAAAAUGAGAACCCUGCUGGUUUUGGCAUCUCUGGUUGUUGCUGUUUUCGGCAGAAAAUCUUUUGAAGGACACCAGGUCCUGCGGAUCACUGCUGAAGAUGAUUUACAGAUCAAUCUCCUAAAGAACUUGACUCAGCUGGCAUAUCUAAAGCUGGACUUCUGGAGGGAGCCCAUUCACGAGUCUCUGCCUGUCGAUGUUUCUGUUCCCUCAACCAGUCUACAGACCCUCAAGAGUUUCCUGAAAAACAACAAUAUUCUUUAUACAAUUAUGAUCCACAAUAUUCAGGAUCUUCUGGACGAGGAACAGCGGGAGAUGAAUAGAUCUCGUGCUUUUCAGCCCGGAAGUACUGAUGAUUAUGACUAUGCCAACUACCACACCCUGAGUGAGAUCUACAGUUUCAUAGACCUGCUGGUGAAGGAGAAACCCAAACUGGUUAGCAAAGUUGUGAUUGGCAAAAGCUACGAAGGCCACCCCCUGAACGUUCUGAAAUUUAGCACUGGUGCUAACCGCCCUGGAAUCUGGAUUGACACUGGCAUCCACUCCAGAGAAUGGGUCACCCAGGCCAGCGGAACCUGGUUCGCCAAAAAGAUUGCAACUGAUUUUGGACGUAAUGCUGCUCUUACUGCCAUCCUGUUCAAGUUUGACAUUUUCCUGGAGAUUGUCACCAACCCUGAUGGAUACGACUACACUCAUACAACUGAGCGCAUGUGGCGCAAGACAAGGAAGCCCAAUUCUGGGUCUGAUUGUGUUGGUGUUGACCCAAACAGAAACUGGGAUGCAUUUUUUGGAGGCCCUGGCUCCAGUAGGGACCCUUGCUCUGAGAUCUAUCAUGGACCUUAUGCUCACUCAGAACCUGAGGUCAAGGCCAUUGUGGACUUUGUUAAGUCCCAUGGUAACCUCAAGGCAUUCGUGUCCAUCCACAGCUACUCUCAGAUGUUGCUUUACCCCUAUGGCUACACCAGAACUCCGUGUAAGGACCAGGCUGAACUGCAUGAAGUUGUGAGACGGGCCGUCAUUGCCUUGCAACGCCCGUACAGCACCAAGUACAAAUAUGGCAGCAUCAUCAAUGUUGUUUACGAGGCUAGUGGAGGCAGCAUAGACUGGACAUACAACCAGGGCAUCAAGUACUCCUACACCUUUGAGCUGAGAGAUACUGGUCUCUAUGGGUUCCUCCUGCCUGCUAAUCAGAUCAUCCCCACCGCUGAGGAGACAUGGCUGGCCCUCAUGACCAUCAUGCAGCACACCAAGAACAACCCCUACUGAAGCAGCAGCCGGGUUCAGUUAAUACUGGACCUAAAGGUGCAUGAUAUAAAGUAAUAUGUGUUUACGAGGUUUUAUUAAAGUGAAUGGCUCUCUGAGAUGUCCAAUUGUUUUGGAAAGAAAUCAUUACAAAUAAACGCAGCAGAAGGCAAAAAGAAA